AUGUCAAACCAAGAUGUGGAUUUAGACUCCAUUAUAGAUCGCUUGUUGGAGGUUCGAGUCAACCGUCCAGGAAAACAAGUUCAGUUGGCUGAGAAUGAAAUCCGCUUUUUGUGUAACAAAGCCCGUGAAAUAUUUAUAAGCCAACCCAUACUACUAGAGUUGGAAGCUCCCCUCAAGAUUUGUGGUGAUAUUCAUGGUCAAUAUUACGACCUUUUACGACUGUUUGAGUAUGGUGGCUUCCCACCAGAGGCAAACUACUUGUUUUUGGGUGACUAUGUAGACCGCGGUAAGCAAAGUUUGGAGGUCAUUUGCUUGUUGCUUGCCUACAAAAUUAAGUAUCCGGAAAAUUUCUUUAUCCUCCGUGGUAAUCAUGAAUGUGCUAGUAUCAACCGUAUCUAUGGCUUUUACGACGAAUGCAAGCGCCGUUACAACAUCAAACUUUGGAAAACAUUUACUGAUUGUUUUAACUGCCUUCCAAUCGCUGCCAUUAUUGACGAAAAAAUAUUUACUAUGCAUGGUGGACUUUCUCCGGAUUUGAACUCCAUGGACCAAAUCCAGCGCAUCAUGCGCCCCACAGACGUUCCCGACACUGGUCUACUUUGCGACCUUUUGUGGUCCGAUCCUGACAAUGACCUGACUGGUUGGGGUGACAACGAUCGCGGUGUUUCGUUUACAUUUGGUCCUGAUGUUGUGUCUCGAUUUUUGCAUAAACACGACAUGGAUCUUGUUUGUCGAGCACACCAGGUUGUUGAGGACGGCUACCAGUUUUUCUCGAAACGCCAAUUGGUCACUUUGUUCAGUGCUCCCAAUUAUUGUGGUGAAUUCGAUAAUGCUGGUGCUAUGAUGAGUGUAGAUGAAAGUCUUCUUUGCAGUUUCCAGAUAUUAAAACCAGCAGAGAAAAAACAACGUUACAGCGGUUACCAAGGAAUGGGUCAGAACUGGCACAUAAAUACACCUCGGAAAGGUAAGGCAGGAAACUCAAAAUAA